GGGUGCUCUUCAGGUCAGGAGAUGCCAGGCCGGAGAAUGCCGGAGGAGAGCUCAAGGAUGGGCAGCACCACUAUGAGGGAGCCGUCGUCAUCCUCGACGCCGGAGCUCAGUACGGGAAGGUCAUCGAUCGCCGGGUGCGUGAGCUGUUCGUCCAGUCCGAGAUCUUCCCUCUGGAGACGCCAGCCUUUGCCAUCAGAGAACAAGGGUUUCGAGCUAUCAUUAUAUCUGGAGGACCAAACUCUGUGUAUGCAGAAGAUGCACCAUGGUUCGACCCUGCGAUAUUUACAAUAGGAAAACCAGUUCUUGGAAUCUGCUAUGGCAUGCAGAUGAUGAAUAAGGUGUUUGGAGGGACAGUGCACAAGAAGAGUGUUAGAGAAGAUGGAGUGUUCAGCAUUACCCUGGAUAACACGUGUUCGCUGUUCAGGGGCCUUCAGAAGGAAGAGCUUGUGCUCCUCACUCACGGAGACAGUGUGGAUAAAGUAGCUGAUGGAUUCAAAGUAGUUGCACAGUCUGGGAACAUUAUAGCAGGCAUAGCAAAUGAAUCUAAAAAACUGUAUGGAGCACAGUUCCACCCUGAAGUUAGCCUCACAGUGAAUGGAAAAAUGAUCCUGAAGAAUUUUCUAUAUGAUAUUGCGGGAUGCAGUGGUACCUUUACAGUGGAAAACAGAGAACUUCAGUGCAUUCAAGAUAUCAAAGAGAAAGUGGGCUCAUCAAAAGUCCUGGUUUUACUCAGUGGUGGUGUGGACUCAACAGUGUGUACUGCUCUCCUGAACCGAGCUUUAAACCGAGAUCAGGUCAUAGCUGUACACAUAGACAAUGGAUUUAUGCGCAAAAGAGAGAGUCAGUCUGUGGAAGAGGCACUCAAAAAACUUGGGAUUCAAGUUAAAGUGGUGAAUGCAGCUCAUUCAUUCUAUAAUGGUACAACAACUCUGCCCAUCUCGGAUGAGGAUAGAACUCCACGUAAAAGAAUUAGCAAGACCUUAAAUAUGACCACAAGUCCUGAAGAAAAAAGAAAAAUUAUCGGUGACACCUUUGUUAAGAUUGCCAAUGAAGUUAUCGGGGAAAUGAAUCUGAAACCUGAAGAGGUUUUUCUUGCUCAGGGCACACUCAGACCUGAUCUCAUUGAAAGUGCUUCCCUUGUUGCGAGUGGCAAAGCUGAAGUCAUCAAAACUCAUCACAAUGACACAGAGCUGAUUCGAAAGUUAAGAGAAGAGGGUAAAGUAAUAGAACCACUGAAAGACUUCCACAAAGAUGAAGUGCGAGUGCUAGGAAGAGAACUUGGUCUUCCUGAAGAGCUGGUUUCGAGGCAUCCCUUCCCAGGUCCUGGUCUAGCAAUCCGAGUGAUAUGUGCUGAAGAGCCUUACGUGUGCAAAGACUUUCCUGAAACAAACAACAUCUUGAAAAUAGUUGCAGAUUUUUCUGCAAGCGUUAAGAAGCCACAUACUUUGCUGCAAAGGGUCAAAGCGUGUACAACUGAAGAAGACCAGGAGAAGCUGAUGCAGAUUACAAGCCUACAUUCACUGAAUGCCUUCUUGUUACCAAUCAAAACUGUGGGAGUGCAGGGUGACUGUCGUUCAUAUAGCUAUGUUUGUGGGAUCUCUAGUAAAGAUGCUCCACACUGGGAGUCUCUUAUGUUUCUUGCCAGGCUCAUACCACGCAUGUGCCACAACAUAAACAGAGUUGUGUACGUGUUUGGUCCACCAGUCAAAGAACCUCCUACAGAUGUCACCCCUACUUUCCUGACCACAGGAGUCCUCAGCACUUUACGUCAAGCUGAUUUUGAGGCUCACAAUAUUCUCAGGGAGUCUGGUUAUGCUGGAAAAAUUAGCCAGAUGCCAAUAAUACUGACACCGCUGCAUUUUGAUCGGGACCCCCUCCAGAAACAACCUUCCUGUCAGAGAUCUGUGGUUAUUCGAACGUUUAUUACAAGUGAUUUUAUGACUGGUAUUGCAGCAACUCCUGGUAAUGAGGUUCCAGAAGAGGUUGUGUUAAAAAUGGUGUCGGAGAUUAAGAAGAUUCCUGGCAUUUCUCGGGUGAUGUAUGACUUGACAUCAAAGCCACCAGGAACUACGGAGUGGGAGUAAUUAACUUUUUUUCUAUUAAAGUACUGUGUGCUGUCUAAAUCAUAUCAGAAACCAUUCCCAGUGUUGACAUGCAGUACUGUGAAAGAGUGACUGGAGCUGCUACAUCGCAUCAGAUUCCUCUCCUGGAGCAUAAACCUGCAGUUAAGAGCUGUGCUGGGAAUAAUAACGAAGUGGGGCUGAGGAUUUGUACGGGUAAAUAAUCAUGGCAGCAUCACCGGUGCGCAGACAGAUUCCUAUUGCUUUUGCCUUUGUCUUACCAAUCCUCCCUGUUUUCAUGUGUUUUAUUGUUUAACUGUCAUUUCAACGUCUCUUGGGUUUUGUACACGGUGUAAAAAAAGAAAAGACAGUUUAUUUACUUCUACCAGAAGCAUUGUUACAGCCUGAAAAAUGUAAAAUGAAUUCUUUGUGACCAACUGCUUUUGAACGGAUUUCUUAUAAAUAAAUAUUUUGCCAAAUG